AUGGAAAAGUAUUCUCCCCUUUUGAGAAGAGCUUCACCAGUUCUUGUUACUAACAACAAUAAUAUUUUUAUUCCUGAGUCACCUUCACCAACUAAUAUAUUAGAAGAUAUUUCGUCACACCCACCCAUUUUAAAUCCUACUCCUCCACAUCAUUCUCCUAGCAUCUUAGACCAACCCAACAUGACCGAAAAUGUUUCGAUUGAACAGCCAGAAGCUAUUGACGUGAUUGAAGAGCCAGAAACAAACCAACGUAGAAUUCGUAGUAAAAGAUCAGCCCUGAGACCUGGAAACAAAAUGUGCGAAAGUCCU